AUGUUCUGGCGAUUGGAUCCCGAGCCUGACCUUGAACGUACUGCUGGACAAGAAGAUCUUCAGUUUGAUGAUCCAUCUUGGAUAAUCGAUCACCAUCGCCACAACAUCAUCUUGAGAGUUUACAAACCGGAAAGAGCUUCACCGACAAGGUUUAGGAAUACCCAGUUUUCACAAAACGCCGAGCGACAUGGCAAUAAUAACCAAACCGAGACGAAGAGUGUGCGCGGCAAUGGUCAGGACAAAGGAGACGAUAAAACUUCAAAAGAGAGAGAACACAGCUACCGAAUCAACUUCUCCGAACUGCAGCGUUUGCAUCUGAGACAAUUGCAGCAUAAACUUAUUCAGCAUGCAGUCGAUCUAAGAUACAAUGCUAGUGAACCAGCUGGCUGGGCUGAAGACUUGAGACAAUAUGUGCAAGCGCUGCAGGACUUUGACUACAUGGGCAAACACAUCGAACUCCCCAAGGACCCGUUUUACGUAACCGGCGAACGGUUCAUAGAACGCUGCAUGCUGCAAGUGGCCAUGAAAAACAGAGAGAACGAUAUACAUCCUCUCCAGUGCUCAGAAGCUGUCCGCGAAUGGGAGACAGAGGGCACCCAACCGGCGCCUAUUGGUGGAACACGCAACAGGAACUUUCAGCAGGCUUGGGUCAAGGAUUUCAGAAAACGCAUUGGUGUAGCCAUGGUGGGCGGCAUUUUCCUGAUUGCGCCGAUGUGGCUGAUGGUUCUGCACAAUACUCUCUAUAUUUCGCUGGUUGCGACGACGGUGUGUGUGGCUUUGUUUGGGUUAUUGAUGGCUUCAGUGCUCGAGAAGCCGAUUGAUGUCAUGUCGGGUACUGCUGCGUAUGCUGCUGUGUUGGUUGUUUUUGUAGGGUUGACUACCAGUAAUAAGCCGUGA